AUGCCAGAGCGAGCUUUGGAGUAUUUAGAAGCGAAGUUCAUGUGCCAUAUGUGUGAGGCGAUUGUGACUUGCAUCGAAAUGUUCUUCUGGGCUCGAUCAGCUCAUUCAAACCAGUCUUGUCGGUCCCGGCACCUGCUGAAGAGGGCAACGGACACAGCGAUGGGCAUUGUCUUCGGAGUGGGUGGGGGUGCAAGAGGGGCAGCCGGCGGCGGAGCCGCCGGUGGUGGCGGAGGCGGUUUCCUCUUCGACAUGUUCUACGAGCGCUAUGCUGAUGGCAGCAGCGAAAGCAUCAAAUACGUUGGUGCAGGAAUGGGCGACAUAGAGACCAAGCUCAUUGAGGUGGGUGCAGGUCAAGGCAGCUACUCCAAGGAGCAAAGCGCCACCUAUGGAUACAGGUGCCGGCCGGCCUGCGUUUGCUGCUGCGUGUUCUGGU